GUAAUAUUACAGGGAAGCGUGUUCCCUACCGUUGGCUUAACAGACGCGGAACGGUCUCGCCUCCUGCACAUUGUUAUCGUGGGUGGCGGUCCGACGGGUGUGGAAUUCGGUGCGGAAGUGCACGAUUUUGUGCGCACGGAUGUGGCGCGACUAUAUCGAAAAGACGCCGAUCUUGUGCAAGUGACCCUGGUGGAAGCGCAGCAUAUUCUCCAGUCGUUUGAUCAGCGCUUGCAGAACUACGCCGAGAAGAAGAUUAAAGAACGCACCAACUUCCACUUGUUGCAAGACGUGGUGGUCGAAGUUGGGGAAACAUUUGUGAGAUUGAGCGGUACGAUAAUACCGUCGGGCUUGACAGUUUGGAGCACAGGGCUGGCGCAGGAUAUGAUUCGCGCGAUGGAUGUACCGAAGAAUAAACAAGGACAGCUGUUGGUCAACCAGCAUUUGCAGUUACUGGCCGAUCCCUAUCCGGAAGGGAGUGCAUUUAGCAUCGGUGACUGUUCGUAUCUCAAAGAUUCACCGCUCCCAUGCACAGCGCAGGUUGCCGAACGCGAAGGCCGGUAUUUGGGAAAGUUAAUGGCCGCGGAUGAUAUCCGCAGUGAGGCGCCUUUUACAUUCCACAACAUGGGUAUGCUGGCUUAUUUGGGUGAUUACACCGGUGUCAGCGAUUUGCAGAAGUUCAAGAUUCAAGGAAUUACUUCGUGGUUAUUGUGGCGCUCCGCAUAUCUGACUCGAUUGGGAUCGUUGCGACUGCGUUUGCAAGUGCCGUUUGACUGGUUUAAGACGUUAGUUUUUGGUCGGGACACUUCUAAGUUAUAGUAAGCUCGAUGCUGUCGUUUAUUUUGGAGCAGUUUCUUGAGUUUGUUUGUUACUUAAUUUAUUAAUAAUGUUAUUUUCGGUGAACAGUAUGUGAUAACUUGAAAUGACUUCUGCUUCAAUGGUUACCUUGCUCGUAUUAAAUACUGAUUCUGAGGAGAUGUCUACGGCUUCAUAGAAGUUCAUCGAUUUUGUUGUAUGCAAGCAAGUCUAGCACAUAAAACAUUGUUACUGGUAUAGUGGUACCGGCGUCUCUCAAUA